CCGUGGAGGUGACGAAACAAGGAAAGACUCUGUGUUCGAUUGGAGAGGGGAAAGUCUUCGGAGAGUUGGCCAUCCUGUACAACUGCACCCGCACUGCUACUGUAACAGCGUUCCCUCUUUGCGGUCUCUUCCCGAGGACAUCCUGAGCAAACUGGCCGAUGUUUUAGAAGAGACUCAUUACAGCGACUGUGAUUACAUUAUCCGUCAGGGAGCCACCGGAGACACGUUCUUCAUCAUCAGCGAGGGGCAGGUGAAGAUGACGCAGCAAAGCUCACCUGGAGACGAGCAGGUGAUGAAGACGCUGAGCAAAGGAGACUGGUUUGGAGAGCAAGCUCUGAAAGGGGAGGAUGUUCGUACAGCCAGUGUGACGGCAGUGGGAGACGUCACAUGUCUGGUGAUCGACAGAGAGUCUUUCAAACAGCUGAUCGGAGGACUGGAGGACGUCAACAACAAGCAGCUCGACAGCGACGAGGUCAAAGCCAAUUUGCAGGCAGAAGCAGAUUUCUUCUCCAGUGUUUCUCUGAGUAGUUUCAACACCAUCUGCACUCUGGGGAUGGGAGGCUUCAGUCGAGUGGAGCUGGUGCAACUAAAGAGCGAUACCAGCAGAUCUUUUGCCCUGAAAGUGUUGAAGAAGCGUCACAUCAUGGACACCAGCCAGCAGGGACACAUCCUGUCUGAGCGCCGCAUCAUGGUGGAGGCUCACAGUCCCUUCAUCAUUAGGUUGUAUCGGACUUUCAGAGACUCCAAAUAUCUGUACAUGCUGCUGGAGGCGUGCCUGGGAGGAGAGCUGUGGACGCUGCUCAGAGACAGAGGAUCUUUUGAUGACGGCGUGACUCGGUUCUACACCGGCUGCGUGGUCGAGGCUCUGGCCUUCCUGCACUGCAGAGGAAUCAUCUACAGGGACCUGAAGCCUGAGAACAUCAUCCUGGACCAGCGGGGAUACGUCAAGCUGGUGGACUUUGGCUUUGCUAAGAAAGUGGGUCUGGGUAAGAAGACGUGGACGUUUUGUGGGACUCCAGAGUACGUGGCCCCUGAGAUCAUCCUGAAUAAGGGCCACGACAGCUCUGCAGACUGCUGGUCUCUGGGAAUACUGGUCUUUGAGCUGCUCAGUGGCAGUCCUCCAUUUUCAGAAUCUGAUCCCAUGAAGACGUACAACAUCAUCCUGCGAGGCAUCGACAUGAUCGAGUUUCCCAAAAAAAUCGCCAAAAGCGCCGCCAACCUCAUCAAACGCCUCUGCAGAGACAAUCCUUCAGAGCGGCUGGGGAAUCAGAAAAAUGGAGUGAAGGACAUCCAGAAACACAAGUGGUUUGAAGGCUUCAACUGGGAAGGCCUCCGUCAGGGAACCAUCGCCUCUCCGUUCACCCCCGCAGUGAAAGGACCUUUGGACACCAGCAACUUUGACUAUUUCCCCGAGGACACAGAAGACCCUCCUCCUGACGAAGAGUCCGGCUGGGACCUGGAGUUUUAGGGAAAAACAUUCAAAUAUAUUUAUUUAUUUAUUGUAUAGUAUAAGCCGUAAGAAAUAGCUUUAUAUUUCAAGCAUUUUAGUUAUUACAGGACAAAGAAUAACAAAUAAUAAUUUAUGGGAGAAUAUAAAUUAGAUGUUUGGAAUAAUCAUAACAUUUAAUGAUAAAUAAAUGAUGGUAUUUUAAAUAAAGUCAUAUAAAGACAAUAAAAACAUGUGAAUGCACAAGGACACAUUUACACCAUGAGGUUUUUAUUUUGAAAUACAAACCUAAUCCUGAGCUUUCUGUUACGUUACAAUUACUUGCUAGGCCUUUUAUUUUGAAAUACAUGCUUCCUUUAAGGAUAGUUACAUUUUGAGGCUUUUAUUUUGAAAUACAUGCUUCCUUUAAGGAUGCAGUUACAUUAUGAGGCUUUUAUUUUGAAAUACAUGCUUCCUUUAAGGAUAUAGUUACACAAUGAGGCUUUUAUUUUGAAAAACAAGCUUCCUUUAAGAAUAGUUACAUUAUGAGGCUUUUAUUUUGAAAUACAUGCUUCCUUUAAGGAUAUAGUUACACAAUUAGGCUUUUAUUUUGAAAAACAAGCUUCCUUUAAGGAUACAGUUACAUUAUGAGGCUUUUAUUUUGAAAUACACGCUUCCUUUAAGGAUGCAGUUACAUUAUGAGGCUUUUAUUUUGAAAUACAUGCUUCCUUUAAGGAUAUAGUUACACAAUGAGGCUUUUAUUUUGAAAAACAAGCUUCCUUUAAGAAUAGUUACAUUAUGAGGCUUUUAUUUUGAAAUACAUGCUUCCUUUAAGGAUAUAGUUACACAAUUAGGCUUUUAUUUUGAAAAACAAGCUUCCUUUAAGGAUACAGUUACAUUAUGAGACUUUUAUUUUGAAAUACAUGCUUCCUUUAAGGAUAUAGUUACACAAUGAGGCUUUUAUUUUGAAAAACAAGCUUCCUUUAAGGAUACAGUUACAUUAUGAGGCUUUUAUUUUGAAAUACAUGCUUCCUUUAAGGAUAUAGUUACACAAUGAGGCUUUUAUUUUGAAAAACAAGCUUCCUUUAAGGAUACAGUUACAUUAUGAGGCUUUUAUUUUGAAAUACAUGCUUCCUUUAAGGAUACAGUUACACAAUGAGGCUUUUAUUUUGAAAAACAAGCUUCCUUUAAGGAUACAGUUACACGAUGAGGCUUUUAUUUUGAAAAACAAGCCUGAAUGCAUUGAGAAAAAGGUGUAUGAUAGAAAGCCAUUUAAAAAUCUGUAUAUUAAAAAGGAUUAUUUUGAGACAUUUUUAAUAAACUUUCUAAAUGUAUUUUCCUGUAAAUAUUUGUUUGAAUGUUUGACUUCUCUUAAUCUUCAGUAUGGAGGUCAUUAUUUUAUUUAAAAAAUAAUGUAUUUUAUUGAGAAACAACGUGAUUUUUGAACAAACAAUAAAAUGCC